GCCGAAAAGUGUUAAAAUUCGGACCUCAGACGGGAGAGGUAGCCCUGAGAGGAACAGGAAAAUGGACCGGAGUGGUGCCUUUGCAUCGGGUCCUUCUAGUUUGUGAGUUGGUGUCGGGACCAGUGGAGCUGGGGGUCCUGCCGGAGUUGCCGGGGAAAGGCGUGGACGUCAUUCUGGGGAACGACCUAGAGGGUGGGAAGAUGGGGGGGGGUGCAGCCGUGAAGCUGACCCCCCAGCCUGCGAGGGUUGAGGCCACUCCCUCAGAUCCUAAGAUCUAUACCGCCUGCACGGUCACUCGCAGCCUGUCGAGAGCGGCAGCUGAGGACGGGAGCAGUUUAAAAUUGGCCAGUUUUGAUUUGGCCGAGACGUCUUUACCGACCCUGUGCCAUGAGGGUUUAAAGGGUGGAAAGACGAAGAAUAGUAAAGUGAAAGGGGGUAAGGGAGAGAUCUGUCCUUAGCGAAGAAAAAGGUCCUAGAGCUAGGAAAUAAAGAUGAGAAACAGAUAAAGCUGUUAAAAGGUCCAGAGUUGGACAUGGAUGAUCUGUCUGGGGUGGCAGCCCUGUUUGAAGAAGUUGAGAGUUAUAAAGGUGUUCCCGAUAAUGAGAUGAGGGCAGUCCUAGAGGGAACGGGUAUCCUUGCCUUGAGGAAGUCUGCUGAAAAGGCCGAGGAGGUUGUUUCAGCUCGCAGGGUUGCGCCUUCCCGGGUGGGAGCUGCCUAGAGAGUAACUGGGAGGAUCGGGGGAAUUUUAGAAUUUGGAAAGUGUACGGGUAUUGAAAGCCUGGAAGAGGCCCAUGUCCCGUUUGAGUGUGUCCAAGAUGGGGAUGCACGUGGUACUGAACCUAGUAACGGAGCUCAGAAAAAGUCUGAGGUAUUUGAUUCAGCUGGACGAGACGGCCGUUUUGGAUCAGAUAGACCUGGUUCGGGGAAGAAAGGGUUAACCUUGGUAAACGUGACGAUGAGGGGGGCGAAGAAUGACUGUACUGCUGAGAACUGAAGUCAACAAGGGCGUUUUAUUCAUCCAAUGAAGAUGAAACUGAUUUCUUGGUGGAAGCAACUGUUUUUACUCAUUAUGAUCAGUGUUAUAUUUUGGUUAAUAUUUUCCACAGAAAAACCAAAGGAAAAAAUCAAUUGGUGGUUCUUCUAUAAUCAAGAGCCAAUCUAUAAGUGGAACUUUAAUUUUACGUUGACUCCACAUCUGAAAUGUGAAGAUGACAAUCAUUUUCUAGUUAUUCUAGUUGCUACAAGAAUAAAUGAAGUAGAAGCUCGGCAGGCAAUCAGAGUAACGUGGGGACAGAAACGGGUGUGGUUGAGCAAAAAGGUCUUGACUCUGUUCUUGAUUGGAAGAGAUGCUGAACAUGAGAAUCAAGGGAAGCAACCAGUGCAAGAAGAAUUUGCUAAAUAUGGAGAUAUAAUUAGUCAGAAUUUUAUUGAAUCUUACAAUAACCUGACCUUGAAGACAAUAAUGGCAUUUCAGUGGAUUUCAGAGUUUUGUCCCAAUGCUGAAUAUGUGAUGAAAAUAGACUCUGACGUAUUUCUAAAUACAAAGUAUUUAGUUAGUUAUCUCUUGAAAGUUAACAAAAGUGUAUCUGGUGACUUUUUUACAGGCUAUCCCUUUAUCAACACGGGACCACACCGAGGUUUUGUUAAAAAGGCAUACAUUUCAAAAGCUGACUAUCCUUUUAGUAUAUAUCCUCCAUAUUGUAGUGGCCUUGGUUAUGUCUUUUCUGGGGAAUUGGGAUUAAAGAUUUUUAAAUUGAUGGGGCAUAUUAAACCAAUUAGAUUUGAGGAUGUAUUUGUUGGCAUUUGUUUGAAGAUAUUAGAUGUAAAUCUACAUAUUCCAGAAAAAGAGUUGUUCUUCCUAAACCCGCUGAAAUUUGACAAGUGUCUGUUCAGCAGGUUAAUAGCAGUACAUGGCUUCACUCCACAGCAGCUGAACACUUAUUGGGAGGAUCUUCAAGGAUUGGAGAAUACCUGUUGAGCAGGGAGUAGAAAAUGUAACGUCCUGAAGCUUAUACGAGAUUGCACUUUCUUGAGAGUGAAAAUUCUGGUUGAUGUUUGCUUUUGUUUCUUUUGUAUCAAAUUGGCUGAGUGCAUUCUUUCAUAUAUCAUAUUGGCUGAGUAUAAAGAGUUGUGCAUUUUAAAACUUGAGUCUGGCCAAGUGUGAAUCAGCUUCCAUAAUCCCUUUGGUACUGUUCUAAUGACCAUGUUACCCAUGUCUAGCAUUGUAUGCAAAACUGAGUGCAGGUGACUCCUGCAUUGUGGCUAUUUGGACAUCAAAAAAUAAUGCUUGUUAAGUCCACAAAUCAUUACCUAAAAUAUUGAUAUGCAGAAUAAAAACUAUUGUUUAACAGAA